GGGCAUGUAUUCCGACGAUUGCGAGAUGACGGUGGGCGUGAUGAUGGCGCUGGUGGCCCACGGCACCGCCCUGGACGAGGCGCAGCUGGUGGCGGCCUGGCAGCAGCAGUGGGAGCUGGCCAGGUGCCGCCCCCUGCCGGCCGCGCCGGGGGGCGAGCGCGCCGGCCACGGCAGCAUCAAGGACGUCUUCAGGGGCAAGGCCUCCAUCCAAGAGGUGAAAGACCUGCAGGCCGCCAGGCCAGAUCCCGGCAACGCGCCGCCCAUGCGCGCGCUGCCCCUGGCAUUUCUGGCCCCUGCGGACCUGGAGCGAUUGGCGGAGUUGAAUGCAGAUGCCACGCACCCGCACCCCAAGGCUAGAGCUGCCAGCUUUCUGAUGGCAACUGCAGCUCGCUGGCUUAUCGUCGAGCAGGGCAGCAAGGACCGCAUCAUCGCAGUCGCGCGCGAGCGUUUGCGGGCGAGUGCGCUGCGGCAUGAAGAGACGGACCAGCACCUGCAAGCGGUUUCGGAGCUACCUGACUACCAUUCCUUCGGCCAGAGCCUCAAAAAGAUGCCAGCAGAGGUGCACGCGGUGCUCUGUGGCCCUCAGCCACAUGCAGAUUUGAAGCAUUGCCCUGGGGGCCACUUGGGCACUGAUGCCGUGCAUGGUCUUCCCUGCCAUGCCAUGCUGACCGUGGGUGUGGUGUUGUAUCUGCUGCGCUUUCACCGCGGGCCACGUGACGUUCUGCUGGCCUCGGUUCAAAUGGGGGGCGACGUGGACUCCAUCGCCGCGCUUUGCCUGGGGGUGGUCGCGGCGGAGAAGUUGGUCUUUGGCACCGGGGGCUUGCCGUGGCGCCUCCUGGAGGAGCUGGAGGGGGUAGAGUUCCUCUUGGCGCGGGCCAGGGAGUUUGAGGCGUGGCUGAGGAGGCAGGGCCUUGGGACGCACAAGGCCAAUGCAAAGAAGCGACCGGCAGCAUUCGAGCGCAUCGCCUUCGAGACGGCCGGCAAGCCCAUCAAAUGCAAGGCCGCCGUGGCACGAGGGGUGAAUGACCUCAAGGUGGAGGAGAUCACCGUGGCUCCCCCCGGCCCUCGAGAGGUUCGCCUUAAGGUGCACACCAAUGCACUUUGCCACACCGAUAUCUACACGCUCUCCGGUCAGGAUCCUGAGGGCCUCUUCCCUUGCAUCCUGGGGCAUGAAGCCGGGAGCGUCGUCGAGAGCGUGGGAGAGGGCGUCGUAGGUCUGAAGCCUGGCGACCGUGCCAUCCCUUGUUACACGCCCCAGUGUGCCGAACCCGAAUGCAUCUUUUGCUUUCCUCCUCGUGGAAAGCGCACCAACCUUUGCCCUAAGAUCCGCGGCUCCCAAGGAAAGGGCGUGAUGCCGGAUGGCACCUCCAGGUUUACAGAUUCAGAGGGCAAGCCGAUCUGGCAUUUCAUGGGCUGUUCCACCUUCUCUGAAUACACUGUGGUGGCCGACAUCUCCUGUGCAAAGGUUUCCGACACUGCUCCCCUGGACGUUUGCUCCCUGCUCGGCUGCGGCGUGGCGACCGGCUUGGGCGCGGUGUGGAACACCAUGGACGUGGAGGGCGGCGCUACCGCCGCUGUCUUCGGGCUGGGCGCUGUGGGAUUGUCCGUCGUUCAAGGCUGCGCCAUGCGCGGAUGCUCACGAAUCUUUGUCAUCGACAUGAACCCCAAGAAGUUCGAGUGCGCCAAGAUGCUGGGCGCCACGGACUGCAUCAACCCCAAGGACCACGACAAGCCCAUCCAACAGGUGCUUGUUGGCAUGACCACGUGGGGAGUCGACUACACCUUUGACUGCACAGGCAACACCGAAGUGAUGCGCGCGGCUCUGGAAUCUGCUCACCGUGGCUGGGGUGAGAGCUGCGUCAUUGGCGUGGCAGGUGCUGGGAAGGAGAUCAGCACCCGGCCUUUCCAGCUGGUGACAGGCAGGAGGUGGGCAGGCACUGCGUUUGGAGGAUGGAAGAGCCGCACAGAGGUCCCUUCGCUGGUGCAGGCCUAUGAGGCGGGCCGCUUGAAGCUGGACCACUACAUCACGCACCGCUUUAAGGGCGUGGAAGGCACAAUGCAGGCCAUCGAAGCGCUGCACAGCGGGGAUUGCCUUCGCGCCGCAGUCACCUACUGA